AAGGAGAAUCAGGAUCAUCAGGAAUAACAAUUCCAUUAGGAAUAAAAUUCGAUGACCCCAAAGUAACAUUAUUUGCAGAACAAGUACAACAAAUGACAGUUGCAGCAGAACACGAAGCACUGCAAAAUAAACAAGAAAAGAAACUAAAUCAAUUAUAUUUGGAAGCAGCACAAAGAGAAAUAAAUCAAUUUAGAGAACAA